CAAAUACCGCGCCUAGCCCUUUGUUUGCGUCGGUCAAAUCUGUGUUAGAUUCUUUGCUUUCGGCUCUUCGUGAUCGUUGUUGACAAUGCGCCCAGCAACGUUUAACGCGUCGAGGCACUUGUUUCUAUCAUGUCCUCAACGCAUACCUCCAUCCAUUGUUGCACUGAGAUGCACGCUCCCAGUCCUUGCUCGCCGUGCUAAUAGCUCUACUACCGAUGAACGAACACUCAACCAGAGUGCAGCAUUACUUGACUCUCUAAUGGGGUCUUCAUCAAGCCUCGACUUGAAGACUUCAUCACUAUCAGAUAUAUUAUCUCCCCCCGCGCCCCCAAUUCAGAAUUCAACUCCAGACGCUUCACAAAUGCUCAUUCCGCCAGUAUCCGACCCCCUUCUGCAUUUCCUCGCAUCUUCCCUGCUUAACCACGGAAAGCGUGCAAGGGCAGAGCGCAUCGUCUCCCGCACUCUCCUUUAUAUUCACGCUCUUACCCGCGCGCCGCCGCUACCCAUCCUCCGUCAUGCUCUCAUCACUGCUUCCCCCGCUGUCAAGUGCGUAUCACAGAAGCGCUCAGGAAAGAACGUCGUGAGACCUGCCGCGCUUACAGAAAAACAGCGCAUAAGGGCGGGUGUUCAUGCUGUAUUAGCCGCCAGCAAAAACAAGAGUGGAAAGACGGUGGAGGAGCGUUUAGCACGAGAGAUUAUUGCUGUUGUCAACGGAGACAGCAAAGCUAUUACUGACAAAGAGCUGAUGCACAAACAAGCCAUGGUCAAUAGGGGGAAUGCGCUCGUGAAGUGAGGAUCUUACUACUUUUUAUAUAUACAGACGACCAUGUGCAAAUAUUUCGUCUAUGGUCUGUCUAGGGGAGACUAGACUGAUCAUGCAGUCCUCCGAAGAUAUCAUUCGUCAGAGAGCUCACGCGCUCAUUGCUUAUGCUUGACUUAUUAUCUAUUUCUGCAUGAUCCCGAGGAGCAAUUUCGAGCUGCGGCGUGCGGAUUUGAGAC